UGAAGCUUCUUCUAUUUAUAGACUUCUUAUCGCCAAUCAAACAGAGCGCGGCUGCAACGCUGCCCAACCAGCUGUGCGUGCAGAGGAGGAAGCCUGCUUUCGUUUUCUUACAAGAGACGCGAGGACGUGAUUGAGGUGCUGCUCGGCCUCUUCUGUAGUUUAGAAAGAACAGAAACAAAGUUCUGCAGACGGACUUUGGGUGUUUGAAGGGGGGCUGAUGGAGUUUGCUGAGCACAUCAAGACGGCCAAUGUGGAGGAUGUUGUGCUCCGACAGCCGCUGCAACCUCCGAGCAGAGGAACCCUGUGCAUCACCGGCCACCACCUGCUCUUCUCGGACAGGGAGGAGAGCGACUCCCGGCAGGUUUUAUUGCUCCUCAGGAACAUCGAUGCCAUUGAGAAAAGGAUGUCUGGUUCAUCUGGAACAAUUACGAUGAAGUGUAAAGAUCUGCGUGUGCUCCAGCUUGAAAUCCCAGGCAUGGAACAGUGUCUCAACAUUGCACACUCUAUCGAGACACUGUCCUGUCUGGACUGCGUGUCCGCAAUGUACCCUUUCUUUUACCGACCUGUUGAUCUCAGCCUGCCGGAGCAGUGGGGUCUCUCAUCUCCUGAAAUGCACUACAGUCAGAUGAAGGAACUUUAUGAGAAGUGGAGACUGAGCACCGUGAACAGAGAUUACUCGGUUUGUCCCUCCUACCCUCCGGCAGUCAUCGUCCCAAAAAGCAUAGACGACGACACGCUGAAAAAAGCAGCCAAAUUCAGACAGGGAGGACGUUUCCCUGUUCUCUGCUACUACCACAAGAAGAACGGCAUGGUAAUCAUGCGCAGCAGUCAGCCGCUGCUAGGAGCCAAUAGGAAGCGCUGCAAGGAAGAUGAGCUGCUCCUCCAGGCUGUGAUUGAGGGUUCGGACAAAGGCUACAUAAUUGACACUCGCUCCAGUCAGCAGGCUCAACAGGCCAGGAUGACAGGUGGAGGGUUUGAGUCUAAAUCGUUCUACAACUGCUGGAAGAGAUUUCACAGACAGAUGGAAAGGGGUAAAGCUCUCCAGGAGAGCCUAAUUAAACUGGUGGAGGCUUGUUGUGACGAGUCCAACAACAUGGACCGCUGGCUCAGUAAGCUGGAGAAUUCAAAGUGGCUGUCACACGUCCAAAAUGCUCUUUCCACUGCCGGCCUGCUGGUGGAGUGUGUGGAGAGGGAUGGCCAUUCUGUUCUUGUUCACGGCUCUGAAGGGACAGACUGCUCUUUGCUCAUCAGCACUCUGGCUCAGCUCAUCAUGGAUCCAUGCUGCCGCACAGUGGAGGGCUUCUUGGGACUGCUGGAGAGAGAGUGGAUACAGGCAGGACACCCGUUCCAGCAGCGAUGCGCUCACUCAGCUUACUCCCAUGCUCGUCUCCAGCAGGAGUCUCCGGUGUUCCUGCUGCUGCUGGACUGUGUGUGGCAGCUUUGGCGGCAGUUCCCCUUGGCUCUGGGCUUCUCUGAGGCGCUGCUCCUGCGACUGGCGACUGAAGCUUAUGCCUCGGAUUAUGGCACCUUUCUGUGUAACAGUGAUCAGGAAAGGUGUGCCUUGGGAGUAAAGGACAGGACUCACUGUUUGUUCCAGGCUCUGCUAAGGCCCACAGAGAGGGAUUACUACUCUAACCCCCUGUAUGAACGCACUGAGCUAGCAAUCUGGCCCUCAGUUCAUCCUCAGUCCCUGCAGCUCUGGAAAGGCUAUUUUUUGAGGUGGACCCAGCAGGUUCGUCACCUUGAAGAGGCUCAGGAGGAAAUCAGAAACAUGGUCAUUGAGUGGGGGAAGUUAGCACGCAGCUGAUGCCUCGUUCGUGU